UGUUUUCAAACAACCUUAAAUCAACAAUCAAUAAAUAUUGGCAAAAAGAUGGAUAAAUACUUCCUAAGUUGCAGAGUGUGCUUAAAACUUGACGAUAACAAAGAAUUCACGUCAGUUUUUAAGUCCAGUGACUUACGAAUGAAGUUUGAACGAUAUUUCAGGAUUUCUCUCUUCAAUGAUAACAUCAAUGAUCGAGAGGCAUUAAUUUGUGAUCCGUGCAUCAAGCAGCUUAACGAACAUUACGAGUUUCAGUUAAAAGUUCGGAAAAUUGACGAAAUUUAUUACACACCACUUCGAAAUGUGAAAAUUUCUCAAAAUCCAGCGGAACUGAAGCAACCAAAUUCGCUGUUAUUUACAAUCCAAAAUGACUCAAUUGAGACCGAUACAGAGAACAUCUUGUGUCACUCAGCAAAUGAAAUUCUCGGAUUAAAGAUCCAGAAUGUUCAUAGUCUUCGUUAAAUUAU